UCUCCUCCGCGGCCUCGUCGCUCGAUCAUCUCGUCCCGUCCCUCCCCUACUUAAUGGCGACCCCGGGUAGCCCACAUGGUACCAUACCACACCAUUGACGCGGCAAGUCGGCAGAAACUCAUCAAAAGCGCACAAGCUCGAGCCAGAACACGAGCCCACGAUGGCCGGCAUUCGCCGCGCCCCCGCGCUCCUCCUGCUGCUCGCCCUCGCGUGCACCCCCGCCCUGGCCGCGCGCGACGUCUCCAGCAGCGCCGCCAAGGCGAAGACCAAGUACCCCUCGGGCCCGGCGCCCGGCAAGAAGCCGGCCAAGCCGUACGUGCCACCAGCCACCAAGCCCCCCGGGUCGGGCGCCGUCGACGGAGGCGGGAUGCCCGCCAUCCCCGGCUUCGGCACCAUCCCCGGGUUCACCGUGCCCGGGAUGGGGGGCGGGUGGGGCGGGGGCUACGGCGGGCCCGACGGCGGGUACUCGCGCGGCGGCGUGGCGGCCUCCACCACCGUCUGCUCCGAGAAGGGCCCCUGCUACAAGAAGAAGCUGACGUGCCCCAAGAAGUGCUUCUCCUCCUACAGCGGCGCCGGCAAGGGGUACGGCGGCGGCGGCGGCGGGGGCGGCUGCACCGUCGACUGCAAGACCAAGUGCAUCGCCUACUGCUGAGUGCUGAUCGAUCGUACGUACGUACGGGAGCUCGGCGGCUCCUUGGCUUCCAUGGUCAUCGAUGGCGCCGGUGAGCACCACAUUAUACGUAGCUAUCUUGCGUGAUACGCAGAGGAGGCGCAUACGGCUGUAUGUUUCCUCCCCGAUGUCGUUCUAGUCGGCUGUAAUAUCGUCGCCUCAUGGGUGUCAGAAUUGCUAUGAACUAUGAAGUGUAUGAGCAAAUAAACAUAGAGAUAUUACUCUUGGGUCUUGCUGUUUCUUCAAAUGCAGUACAUUUCACAA